GACGGGUCCCCCUGGCUAGUAUACAUAAAGUAAGGCUACCGACAUGCUAGAAAAAGAAAGAAAUCACAAGUUUUGGUAUCUUUAGUAUCGUCGCUUCUUUGUACACAGUCACCUUUUGGUCAUCAUGGGCUGUACAUCUUCAAAAGUGGACGACGGUGGCCCCCAAGCUAGGCCGUUCCGCACUACCCCUCCACCUGUUGAUCCUUCGACUGUGGUCUGGACAGCCGACGAUUCAUACGGCCACUACAUCAAGGAGAGGCUAGAAAAGACAGUUGCUAGUGGUAGAGAGGGCGACUUGGCCAGCUUCUACAGUGGGGAAAAUACUGGGCUUCGCGCCGUUGCGUGGCUGAAGGAGAGGUUCCGACAUAUUGACGAAAUACAUGAAAACGGAGUGGUACCCUCUACCCUCGGAGGCCAACCUGUUUUAACCGAAAUGUGGUUUGGGGCUGGUCCCGAAGGCACUGGUAUGGCUACCAUGUUUCUGGUCUACACCGGCAAAGAUGCAGAUGAAAACCCAGACAAGGAGACAAUCAACGAGGCCAUCAUGGCAGAGGCACAGGAAUACAGUAUUGGCCUGCUCAACAGAGCCUUUACCAAGAUCGCCCAGCAUAUGCAUGUUUGUGUCGUUGUCGAAAGCAACGCCACAAUAUGCACACCUCAUCCCGACUUAAAGCCCUUGAUCCUUCCCAUUCCUCACCAAGUCUCCAGAGAAGAGCAACAGUGGCAUAAGAGCAUUUCUCGGCAAAUAAAAGUGUACGGCGCGGAAGCUGUCGGAGGAUUCAACAAGUUCUACUUUGACAAGAUAGUGGGCGAGCUGUGCCAACUAAAACCUGGCGUCUCUGUCUGGGACGAUGGUGAUCUGGCAUUCAACGUGGGUGGGAGCCCAUACCAAUGGGGUUCAAGGCUUCUGGUUACACGGGACGAAUCCAACAUGAAGACUCGCCAGGGCAUCAAGGCCACGCAUUUCGAGGUCAAGCACCCGUUUGGGAACGACGAUAAGCCGCCAGCAUUCUUGUUCAAGAUGUUUGACGGCUCGGCAGAUCCUGGAGGCGUCGACAAUAUUACGCUACUCGUCGCGACGGACCCCUCUAUUCUCUGGCCCAAGGUUGGACAAUGCGCAAAGAGUCCGGCUUUCAAGGCUGCCGAGGUGGCAUUGAUGGAUAAGCUUGACCAAAUGUAUAAGCAAGGUGCCAUAGCUCGCUGCAGAGUGCACCUGAUCAUGGGCCAAGACCAAAAGACAUGGGCGUUUGUAGGCCACGACUCGUUGAAAGAUCAAUCUGCCGUUGCUAUGGCCAGUGCUGGUGAAACCGUCUCCAAUGCCCAGCCGUUCCCCGUGGGAAACGUGCACAUUGCAUCCUUUGGUAUCGACCUGGAGGAGCUGCCGCAUGACAUAAUGUAUAAUGAAAAGGGCGAGUUCCACGGCUUCUUCGGGUACCUACGACAGCGCUACACGGAUAACCCGCGCACAGCCGAGAUUCAUGCGAUAACAUCCGUCCAAGUGAUGAAGGUGUUCCUCGAAAACGCCUUUCCAGGAACCGAAAUUUCGGACCAGGGCGAGCUCGUUAUCCCAGCGGAAGACGGUGCUGAGAAGUCGGAGGCUCAGACCAUGGAGGGUUCGCACCUCUUUGUGGUCCGCGACCCAACCCAAGCGCCCAAGGAUGUCAUCGCCGUGUCCUAUCUGAUGGCACUGCCGGACGGUUUGAAACCCACUGGUCACUACGAAGACUCCCAGUUUCUCAAGGACGGCGAAAACGCUCUGCUCAAGGUCAUGAAGCAGAUGUAUGAGAAGGGCGAAAUUUCGGACAAAGAGUGCACAGCCAGUGUACGGGCCUGUUUUGACGGGACCAUCUACCAGUUUGUGGAGGGUAGCAAGUUUGUGGACUAUAGCGAGACGCAGAUGCUGCGAUUCGCACUCAAGCUCUGAUUGUGUGAUGAGCAGUCUUUUCUUUCGUUGGCGGACGUCUUGUACCGGCGCAUUUGAGCGAACUUGUAAUACCCUAUUUCUUUGUAUUGUUGUUUAAGUCACGGUAAUAAUGAAUACAUAAUCGGAAUAUCACGGCCUACCCCCUUCGAAUUAGGCGCCUUAUCGUGUCGCCUUCCUAACUGGUGAAUUUCACACUGUUGCCUCAUCUCCAUUGUGUGAGUUUUUUCUUUAGUUUCAAGGGAGUAGCCAUAUGGGGUUAGGAGGAGAGCGAGAUGUGUCCCAAGGCUGUGUUUGCGUUGUGAGAGAGUCGAGUCCCACUGUACUGUACGCCCACGUUUAACUAACCAC